AUGGUUAAAUCAGAAAUACUGGAAGUGAACUUGUUGAAAACAUCUACACUUAGCCAUUCUGGUUUUGAUUAAUAAAUAGAGAUGAGGAAGAAUGAUUUAUUAGAGUUUAUAUUAAAUUGA